AUGUUUUACGUUUUCGAAGAUGUGUGCGUUUUGUGGUCUGAUGGAAAAAAUGGAAUGACAUCGGAUUUUGCUGGGCUUUCACCAUACAGACAGGACAAAUUUGACCUGCCAGCUGAACUCAAUGUUUCGAGUUACUUAGCCGAGAGUGAUAUCGCUUUGGAUUUUCCGAUGGAAUUGGUGGACUUUUGGGACUGGUGUUCCUACAAUUCAAUUCAAGGUGCUUUUAUUCAACGUUGA